AUGCAAACGGCACCGGAAAAGGCAAAGUCAAUUUUUGAAUUUACCGUCACGGAUCUGAACGGUAAUGUGGUGUCGCUCGAUCGCUACCAGGGUACGGUAAGCCUGAUCGUGAACUUCUCCACCAAGGAUGCUGCGUUUGAGAAGGUGUUGGGUCUUCUCACGCCCCUCGUCCGAAAGUAUCACAACGAAACCCGAAAAGAUUUGAACGUCCUCCUCUUCCCAUGCUUCCAAUUCGGUUCCAAAGAAACGACGGACGAAAUCGUGAAGCAGUUCGAAUGCAGCACCGCCGGUAUGAUCGGUGAGAUUUUCGCCGAGAUCGAGGUGAAUGGCUCGAAAGCACCAGGACUGUACAAGUAUCUGAAGGCGAAAAAGCCGGGCAACUGCGGAGGUUUCAUAAACAGCAACUUUACCAUCUUUCUCGUCGACCGUCAAGGCAUACCGGUGGAAAGGUUGAACGCUGGAAUUCAUCCUUACACACUCGAGGACAUGGUCGAGAAUUUGUUACGCUAA